CAAACAAUACAUAUAAGGGUAAAUUCGGAAAAAGGGAAUGCAAAAAAGAAAAAAAUCAAAGAGACUCUCUCUCUCGUUCGAUCUUGAAGAUUUCACCGACUAAUCGGAGUUUCGAUCGGAGAUUGGAUCGGCAAUUCACCGAGAAUCCUUUGUGGAAUUUCGAUCUGUAUAUGGCACUUUGCUCCAUUUAAUCUUUCAUCUUCUAUAAAUCUACUUCGUUUUGCAAUUGAUCCUUUCGCGAAGCUUGCAGAUCCGUCGAUCUCUCGCGGAGAUUUUGUGGGGGUUUUAGGUUAGGGUUUUGAUCCUGAUUUCAAUAUCGUUUUCAAUUGAUGGCUUCGACUGCUGAUUUCCUGCUGGAUGAUCAAACGGACGAGGAUUUCUUCGACAAACUUGUUGAUGAUGCAUAUUCUCCCAGCGAAGCUCACGCUUCAUCUUCGGCUAAACAGCUGAAAUUCGACGACGGAAGUGACUCCGAUGACGCCAGAGCGUUUGCGAAUCUCUCCGUCGCUGACGAUUCUGCGGGUAAUGGAGAUGGGACGUUGAAUGGAGCCACAGUCCCGGGGAACGAUGUUGCAAACGAGGGUCUAAGUAAUUUUGUGGCAAAAGAAGAGCCUUCAUCUAUUGCUCCGGAAGCUGUCCAAUUUGUCCACAGUGAUGCAAAUAAGUUAAGUGAUGAUGUGCUGAGAUCGGAGGUGGAAGAUAAGCCACUAUCUGAAACAGCAAUAGAAAGCAAUACAAUCGAUGGAUCUGGGAGUCCUGGGGUUAAGGAGGUUGAUUGGGGCUCAUUCUAUGCGGAUUCAUCUGCAAAUGACGGUCGUGGGUUUGGUUCAUAUUCUGAUUUCUUCAGUGGGUUGGAGGAAUCUACAGGACAUUUACAAGGGAAGGCGGAGGUAGAUGUGGUCGCUGGAGGAGACUUAGUAUCCAAUGAUACAAAGAACACAACCGCCGGUGUUAAUAAUUCGGCAGGUUUCGAGCAACAUCAGGGUGAAGUGCAUCACGAUUCUGCAAGUGGGCAGUACGUUGAUAACAGUCAAUCUUGGGAAAAUCUCUAUCCUGGAUGGAAAUUGGAUGCAAGUACUGGCCAGUGGUAUCAAGUUGAUGCAAGCAUAAAUUCACAGGAGAGCUAUAUAAACUCAACGGAUAACUGGGAAAGCGUUGCUUCUACUGAUAACUCGGAGGUUGCUUACCUGAGCCAGAGUAAAACAUCUGCAGUGGCUGGAACAGCUGAGAGUGUGUCCACUUGGAACCAGGUUUCACAAAUGGGCAAUGGAUAUCCAGAACACAUGGUCUUUGACCCGCAGUAUCCAGGGUGGUACUACGACACGAUUGCUCAAGAAUGGCGCUCCCUCGACAGCUACAACCAGUCUUCUCAAACAACUGGGACUGGUCAAGCUCAUGAUCAGCAAGUUCAGAAUGGCCAUGCUUUUACAGCUACGUAUCACAGUAAUGGCGAGAACAGCAUGUAUGAUGUUAACGAUAACAAAGAGGCAUUCAAAGCACAAGACUUUGGUGUUCAGAGCAACCACGGGAGUUGGGACCAAUCUUACUAUGCCAACAAUCACCAGGCUACAAACACGUGGCAACCAGAAAAUGCAGGCAAGGGUGAGGCGGCUGUAACUUCUGCCUCAUUACCAAACUUCGGGGGAAACCAGCAAGUAAAUAAUGUGUACAGUACAGGACAUGUGGCUGAACAGUUUAAGACAAAUGAGAUCGGAGUUCAGAGCUUCGUCCCUCAUCAUAUGAAUGUGGCUAGUGUCACGCAGAAUGGUCCUUCGAGCUUCUCGAACGAUUUCUAUAAUAGACAGAAAUCUGUAGAUGUUGCUCAACAGUCAUUUCAGAGCAAUCAGCUUUUCUCGCCAAGUACAGGAAGAUCACCUGAUGGGCGUCCACCACAUGCUCUUGUCAAUUUUGGAUUUGGCGGAAAGCUCAUUGUUAUGAAGGAUAAUAGUGGUUCUCUCCAGAAUUCAUCAUUUGGGAGUCAGAAGGCGAUUGGUGGAGGCUGUAUCUCUCUCUUAAACUUGCUUGAUGUUAUUCCUGGGAGUGCCUCUUAUUCAGGUCCUGGGCAAAACUCUAUGAGUUACUUCAGUUGUCUGGAUAAACAAUCUCUUCCAGGUCCCUUGGUUGGAGGAAAUGUUGCAAGUAAAGACUUGCAUAAGUGGCUUGAUCAGAGAAUUGUGAAUUGUGAAUCCUCCGAUAUGGACUUUUCAAGAGGGAAACUUUUAAAGAUGCUUCUUUCUUUGCUCAGAAUAUCUUGUCAGUAUUAUGGGAAACUCCGGUCUCCUUUUGGAACUGAUGCAACGCAAAAGGAAACGGAUUCUGCGGAAGCAGCAGUCGCUAAACUUUUUGCAGCUGCCAAGAAAGAUGGCUUCCAAAAUGGUGGUUAUACUCCUUUUAGCCAAUGCUUACAACAAUUACCACCUGAAUCCCAAAUGCAUGUAACUGCUUCAGAGGUGCAGAAUCUUCUGGCUUCUGGUAGGAAAAUGGAGGCUCUCCAAUGUGCGCAAGAAGGUCAUUUAUGGGGACCAGCGCUUGUUAUCGCGGCACAGCUUGGAGACCAGUUCUAUGCUGACACUGUGAAACAAAUGGCCCUUCGCCAGCUGGUACCCGGGUCACCUCUGCGUACAUUGUGCUUGCUGGUUGCAGGGCAGCCAGCGGAAGUGUUCUCCAAUGGCAGUACAAGCGAUAUGAGUUUUCCUGGUUCCGUAAGUGUGCCUCAACACCAAUCCCAGCUUGGAAGUAGUAGCAUGCUUGACAAUUGGGAAGAGAAUUUGGGUAUAAUAACUGCUAACAGAACCACAGAUGAUGAACUUGUGAUUACUCAUCUUGGAGAUUGCAUGUGGAAAGAAAGGGGCGAGAUAAUUGCGGCCCACAUUUGCUAUUUAAUCGCGGAUAAGAACUUUGAUCCAUACUCAGAUAGUGCCAGGCUCUGCCUUGUUGGAGCUGAUCAUUGGAAAUAUCCUAGAACUUAUGCAAGUCCAGAGGCGAUACAGAGAACCGAGUUAUAUGAAUACUCUAAGACGCUGGGAAACUCUCAGUAUAUCCUGCUACCGUUUCAGCCAUAUAAAGUCAUAUAUGCACAUAUGCUGGCUGAAGUUGGUAAACCUCAGGCUGCACAGAAGUACUGUCAAGCAGUAUUAAAAUGCCUCAAGACUGGCCGAUCACCUGAAGUGGAAAUGUGGAAACAGAUUGUUUUGUCACUUGAAGAGAGAAUCCGUAUCCACCUACAGAGUGGGUAUACUGUGAAUUUGGCCCCAGCAAAACUUGUUAGAGGCCUGCUAAGCUUUAUUGAUAGUACUGCACAUCGUGUUGUUGGGGGCAUGCCACCACCUGCACCACAUUCAGCAACAGGAAACCUACAGGUGAAUGAGUAUCAUCAUCAACAACAGGAAGCCACUAAGUUACCAUAUAGUCAAUCGGCUAACACAAUGCAAUCGUUGAUGCCAUCUACUUCAAUGGAACCGAUUCAUGAGUGGGGUGGGAACGGGAGGACGAUGGCAGUACAUUCUAGAAGUGUCUCAGAGCCAGAUUUCGGUAGAACGCCAAUACAGGAUCAGCCUGACUCCUCAAAAGACAAAGCUACUGAUGGGGUGACACAGGUCAAAUCAACUAGAAAUGUGACAAGUUCUCGGUUUAGCCGCUUUGGUAUGGGCAUACUGAAGAACACCGUAGGGAGGGUCUUACAAUCUCGGUCAUCUAACGAGGCAAAACUGGGUGAGGAGAAUCAAUUCUACUAUGACGAGAAACUAAAGAGAUGGGUGGAGAAAGGUGUGGAACCCCCAGCUGAGGAAGCUGCACUGCCUCCUCCUCCAACAUUAGGCACGUACCAAAACAACUCAUUGGGUUAUGAAAACAAAUCUGACAUGCAGAACGAGAUGUCUCCGUCUAGUGGGAGCUGGAGCAGUGGCAGCCCAUCUCCGUCAGAGAAUUCUUCGGGAAUCCCACCAGUCUCACAGAGCUCGAAUCAAUUCUCUGCUCGUGGACGUAUGGGUGGGCGUCCAAGAUACGUUGACACUUUUAAUCAAGGCCGUGGAAACUCUCAGACAAUGUAUCGGUCACCUCCUGCACAAUCUGCCAAACCACCAAUCCCUGCAAAAGCAAAAUUCUUCAUCCCAGCAGCACCUGCAUCGUCUUCAAACGACGAGGUAACAGAACCGGCUGCUGCUGAAACCAGACAGGAGGAGUACUCAGCAGAAGAAGCAGCCGCCUCUGCAGGGGCUCCACCACCACCACCAAGCCAGUCUUCGUUCCAGUCUCCGGCAGCAUCUCCAAUGACGAUGCAGAGAUUUCCAAGUCUGGAUAACAUCAAAAGAAGUGGAUCAGGAACAAGUCUUAAUGGUGAUCUUCCUCCUUCAGGUUCAAGAAGAACAGCUUCAUGGAGCGGAAGUUUUAAUAGCUCGUUUACAUCUCCAACGGGUCCAUCAACAUUCAAACCAAGCCCACUCAACAGUAGCAGCAGCAGCUUAGGAGAGGAGCUCCAGGAAGUGGAACUGUAAGUUGAAAUCUGUAAUAUCAAAAAAGUUUUGCUCACUGUCUCACAGGUAGUCCCAAUCAAAUGUUAAUCCAUGAGUUACCCAAUACAUAAAAGAGACUCCGCUUCAGUCAAAGAUAGGGGCAAUAUGUAUGCAGUUUGUAUUGUUUGUUUUUCUUAUAAUUAUAAAUUCAUUAUUUUUUCCUUUUUUUUUUUAACAGACUUCAGUAGUUAUACAAUAAUACACACAGUAAUGUUUUGUUCAGUAGUAGGGAUCUUCUUAAUCAAGUUUGUUGACCAAUUCUUUUAUUAUCAAGUAUCAAGCCA